AUGGCCUUAGUGUCGGACCGCAGUCUUGAAAUGGGUACGGUUAAAAUCGCUUCCACCAAGCAUUUCUCCACCGAAGUAAAGGUGGAGAAAGGAAGGAGACUCCGGAGGUCAAUUCCAUCACCACCUCCUCCAAAACCCAAUAGAUUGGGUCGUUGGAGGUGGGUCAUUCCACCCACUAGUGUGGUUCAGGCCUAUGACACGGCUGAUCAGCAGGCGGCACUGGAAACAACUUCUAGUAGGAACUGGAAUUUUGCUCACAAAUUGAAGUCUGCAUACCCACUGGAAAAGUUGAGAGGAAAUGGCAAAUAUACGAAGGAAAAAUUGGAAGGAACACGACCAGGAUACCAUCAAAUAUAUCAACCAAGCACAGGCAUCAAAAUCAUCCUUGCUCUUGACAGCAGUGAUCGUCAGUCGGGCACUGUUAAAAUUGCUUCCACUAAGCAUUUCUCUGCAGAUGAAAUGGUGAAGCCAGAUAGAAGACUCGGGAGGCCGACACCACCUUCUCCAAAUCCCAACACAUUUCGUCAUUAUGACACUCCUCCGGCCAAUAGGAAUCCACGCCAUCGACUUUCACCACCACCACCGAUGGCAUUAUAG